CGUCAAAACACACGGAACCUUGUCCCCUUCCACAAGGGCGCUCUUCUAUCUUCCCAACACUAUCGACAUCCCAAUACCCAAACCUCCAUAAAUCAACAAACAAAAAUAUAGUGUAAAGAAAUUAACACGAAGAAAAAAUGAAGAGCGGCUCAGGCGAGACAAAAUUCGUACAAGAGCUGAUUCUGUACGCGGCGAGCGCCGCCAUGAGUUGCCUGGUGCUGGUCGUGGGGCUGAAGCAAUUGGACCCCGACCGUGACGCCGCCAAAAAAGCUCUUGAGCAGAAAAAGGAAAUUUCCAAGCGCUUGGGCCGCCCUCUAAUUCACACAAAUUCAUACGAGGAUGUUGUAGCCUGUGAUGUAGUCAAUCCAGACCAUAUAGACGUGAAAUUUGACUCCAUUGGAGGAUUGGACGCCAUUAAACAAGCGCUUUAUGAGCUAGUGAUUCUUCCACUGCGAAGACCUGAGCUGUUUUCACACGGGAAGCUUCUUGGUCCACAAAAGGGUGUUUUGCUGUAUGGACCACCUGGCACCGGGAAGACAAUGCUUGCUAAAGCAAUCGCUAAAGAGUCGGGAGCUGUUUUCAUUAAUGUGAGAAUAUCCAACUUAAUGAGCAAGUGGUUUGGAGAUGCUCAGAAGCUAGUGGCUGCUGUGUUCACAUUGGCUUACAAACUCCAGCCUGCUAUAAUCUUUAUUGAUGAGGUGGACAGCUUCUUGGGCCAGCGCAAAUCUACAGACCAUGAAGCACUGACUAACAUGAAGACUGAGUUUAUGGCUUUGUGGGAUGGUUUUACCACAGACCCAUUUGAAAUUGGGCUGCCUAAUCGUAAGGACCGGGUUGCAAUUUUGAAGGUUGUUUUAAAGGAUGAGAAGGUUGAAGGUGGCAUCGAUUAUGACCGUAUAGCCACCCUGUGUGAGGGUUACACGGGUUCCGAUCUUCUUGAGCUCUGCAAAAAGGCUGCAUAUUACCCGAUCAGGGACUUACUCGAAGAUGAGAAAUCUGGAAAACUAUCUGAGGAGCCGAGGCCAAUAUCACAGUCAGAUUUGGAGAGAGUAAUAACCUCAACCACCAAGACAAAUGUGGCUGCUACUGAAUACAGCAGAUCAAACUCAGGUUGGCUGAAGCAAAGGGACUCGGAUGAUUACCAAGUCCAGGCCGCUAUUGGCGAACUUUCUAAACUUGUUGUCUCGCAAAUUCUGAACCUUCAGUCUGGACCUCAAGAUCCUUAAUUUCCGUAAUUAGCUUAUUUUGUCUUGCGGCUUACACUAUACUAGGCUGUGGAUGGUUUGCGGAUAAUGAAGCAUGAUGGAGUAGUUUUGACUAUACUAGGCUGUGGAUGGUUUGCGGAUAAUGAAGCAUGAUGGAGUAGUUUUG